AGGAGGAGCUCAACGCGCCCAUUCGAACAGAAACGACCAAAACGAAAAGUGCUAAACGACGAAUGCCAGACAUAACCUGAAUUUAUACAGGAUGAGUGUGCCGAUGGCAUCUAGGAAAAAAAAUAUGAACGGAUUGUUUGGGACACUGCUGGUACUGUCCGCAUUGUUAUCAACGGCGUCAGCAAUAGACUGUCAUGGGAAAUCUUUCCACUGCGUCAACUCCACCCACUUCAUGAUAUGCGUGGACCUAGGGGGCGGAGUCUCACAGGCAAUAGACGACUUCUACAUAGGCUGCCCUCCUCCGACGGUUUGUCAGGGAACAAACCACUUUGAAUGCGAGUUUCCAGCACCAACAACACCUAGCACUAUAAGAAGCAACGUCAUUAGUGAAACCACACUUCCGUGGGAGAUCAUAACUUCUUCUUCCUUGGAUAACAAAACGAAAGAGUUCUCUGAAAAUUACAUAAAUACAGAGAGGGCUACUACUGUACAAUACAGUGUUACUACAGAUACGACCGUGGAUGUUCCUACAAGAACAGCGUCGAACUUUUAUAUCAAUAAUGAAUUAAAUGUGACAGAAAUUGCACCAACUAUAGUUGCAGAUAUUACAACAUCUCCUAUGGAAACUAUAUCACAGACUAUAAGCGAAGACCGAAGUAUAACAGAAACUAUAUUAACAGCUGAAGGUGUUACAACUAGUGUCAUAGAAUCUGUAACAGAAACUACAGCCGAAACCAACAAUCCAACAAAAACUGAUCUAGUAAUCGCUGGUGAAGAAAACAAUAAAAAGGCUAUAAAUAUGAAUACACAAACUACAACCGAAAAUAUAGUCAUUACAGAAACUGAAAUAGCAGAAUCAGUUCCAAUAACUACAGAACAAAUAAUACAAACAACGACUGACAACCCUCUUGAGGUAGAUACGUCUUACCUAUACACACAACUACCACAAGUCUUUACUAUAAUUCAGAACGAAAAUGUAACAAACAAUACCUUGUCAAAAAAGUCUUCCGCAAAGAAAAAUAAUUCUCUGGCUAUGGAAAAUCAAAACAUAAAUAUAUCCGAUAAACGAGUUGAUAAGCAUUCGACUGACGUUUAUCACGGUUUUACUACAGUUCCGUCAAUGGACAAUCAAUAUAAUUUAUUAUUAAGUACAGAGGCUAUAAACAUACCUUUUUCAAAUAGUGAUGGUCAACAAGUCACGACUUACGCACCAUCAUUGACGCAAAGUUUUGCAGACACAACGAUUCUAGAUGGAGCAUUUACUAUUGAAACAGUCGAGAAUGCACCUAGCUCUGAGCAACCAACAACAGUAAACCUUACAAAAGACUCAGCUCAAAACAUUGUAACAGUGAAUCUGGACAUUGUAACAACAGAGGCUGUGAAUAUACCUUUUUCAAAUAGUGACGUUCAACUAGUCAUGCCUCAAGCACCAUCAUUAACACAAAGUCCUGCAGACACAAAGACUGUAGACGAAGCAUCUACUAUUGAAACAGCAGAGAAAGUUCCCACUUCUGAGCAUCCUACAACAAUAUACGAAGAAAACUUUACAAUGGAUACUACUCAAAAUAUUGGAACAGGAAAUCUCGACAUUGUAACUACAGAGGCUAUAAACAUACCUUUAUCAAAUAGUGAUGGUCAACAAGUAACGACUUACGCACCAUCAUUGACGCAAAGUUUUGCAGACACAACGAUUCUAGAUGGAGCAUUUACUAUUGAAACAAUCGAGAAUGCACCUAGCUCUGAGCAACCAACAACAGUAAAUGAAGAAAACCUUACAAAAGACUCAACUCAAAACAUUGAAACAGUAAAUCUAGACAUUGUAACAACCGAGGCUGUGAAUAUACCUUUUUCAAAUAGUGGCGUUCAACUAGUCACAACUCAAGCACCAUCAUUAACACAAAGUUCUGCAGACACAAAUACUGUAGACGAAGCAUAUACUAUUGAAACAGCCGAGAAAGUUCCCACUUCUGAGCAUCCUUCAACAAUAUACGAAGAAAACCUUACAAAAGACUCAACUCAAAACAUUGAAACAGUAAAUCUGGACAUUGUUACAACAGAGGCUGUGAAUAUACCUUUUUCAAAUAGUCACGGUCAACAAGUCACGACUUACGCACCAUCAUUGACGCAAAGUUCUGCAGGCACAACGAUUCUUGACGAAGCAUUUACUAUCGAAUCAGUCGAGAAUGCACCUAGCUCUGAGCAACCAACAACAGUAAAUGAAGAAAAAUUGAUAAAAAACUCCACUCAAAACAUUGAAACAGUAAAUAACGACAUUGUAACUACAGAGGCUGCGAAUAUAGCUUUUUCAAAUAGUGAUGAUAAACUAGUCAUGACUCAAGCACCAUCAUUGUCGCAAAAUCUUGCAAACACAACGACUGUAGAUGGAGCAUAUACUACUGAAACAGUCGAAAGCGCUUCAAGUUCUAAACAUCCAACUACAAUACAAGAAGAAAACUUUACAAAGGAUACAACUCAAAAUAUUGAAACAGUAAAUCUCGACAUUAUAACUACAGAGGCUAUAAAUAUACCUUUUUCAAAUAGUGAUGGUCAACAAGCCACGACUUACGCACCAUCACUGUCGCAAAAUUUUGCAGACACAACGACUCUAGACGGAGCAUUUACUAUUGAAAUAGUAGAGAGCGCGUCUAGUUCUGAGCUACCAACAACAGCAAAUGAAGAAAAAUUUACAAAAGACUCUACUCAAAACAUUGAGACAGUAAACCUGGACAUUGCAACAACAGAGGCUGUGAAUAUACCUUUUUCAUAUAGUGACGUUCAACUAGUCACGACUGAAGCACUAUCGUUGGCUCAAAGUUCAGCAGACACAACGACUGUAGAUGGAGCAUUUACUAUUAAAACAGUGGAGAAUGCACCCAGUUCUGAGCAACCAACAACAUUAAAUGUCGACAUUGUAAUUACAGAGGCUGUGAAUAUACCUUUUUCAAAUGGUGAUGACCAACUAGUCAUGACUCAAGCACCAUCAUUGACAAAAAGUCCUGCAGACACAAAUCUUGAUAGAGUAACUAUUGAAACCGUUGAGGAUAAUUUCAUUACUGAACAGCCAAAGCCACAAAAUUCAGAAUACGUUAAGCACGAAGUAGAAGGUCAAGAUCAGACAGCAAAUAUUAAUUGGAAUCCUUCCGACAAUUAUUUGAUCGACAAAUCUAAUCAAAAUUCAGAACUUGCAGGAAAGUCUGAUGUCACGAACCCAAACAUCGAACGAAAUGACGUAAACGUGGUCAGUUCUGAUACAGAGUUUGUGUCUCAGUCACAUAUUAUAUCGGCAUUACCUGUAACUAAUCCAAUUCCCCUCGAAAUUAAUAAUCGCAAACAAAGCUAUAACGCUACUACUGUAACCCAGAGCUCAGACGGGUUUCUAAUUAAGAAUGGACUCCCAGAAACUACAAUUAACGUGAACAGCGAACAUGAAGUCGCUAGUUUACCUACAUCAGAGCCCGUAACCCUGGUUAAAGACAAUUCUAUUUAUUUGAAAACCAACACAUUAGCAAGUGGUGUAUCAGUUGCCUUGUCUUCGUCAAAGACUGUACCCACUAAUAAAAAUGUUGCCGGUAAUACAGUACCGGAUAAUAAAGGACAUUAUGUUGAAACCGUACCUAAUUUACUCGGCCCUGGGUCAGAAUCUACAGUUGACGAAACGGGCAGCAGCGUUAAGAAGAUUGGGAGCAACGUUAACGUUUUCUCGGAUACGAAAAAAGUUGACAACUCCAAAAACAGUAAAGAUAUAACUAUUGCUGAUACUACAAUACUGGAUAAUACACACAUUAUUGAAACUACACAUACUUUAUUUAGCCCUGUGUUAGAAUCUACAGUUCACGAAAUUGACAGCAACAUUAGGGAGAUUGGCAGCAACUUUAACGUUUUCUCGCAUAAGACUGAACCUGCGAACCCCAAAAACACAGAUGCAACUGUUGUUCAUACUAAAAUACUGGAUAAUACAAACAAUAACGAAAUCAUACCUAUUUUAUUGAGUCCUGGGCCAGAAUCUACAGUUGAUGAAACUGGCAGCAAAGUUAGGCAGAUUGAGAGCAACGUCAACGUUUCGUCAGAUAAUAAAAAAGUUGAGAAUCCCAAAAACAGUAAAGGUCCAAUAACUGUUGACCUAUCGAAAACUAAAAAUAAUAAAUUAAAUGCGAAAUUAACACCGACUGUACAAAACGAUAAAAUUGAAUUACAAACUAAUACGCAUGACCUGUCGGAAACGAUUAAUAUGCGAAUAACAACUGAAGGGGAUCACAAAGGAAUGGAGGAGCCUAGUAAGCCAGUCAUGUUGGAUAUAUUGCCGUUACCCAUCAAUAAUGUAAAGCUGCGUCCAUCAGUUACCAAUAUACCACUUUUGACGGAUGCGACGGCUAAGACGCAAAACGGAAAUAUUGUCCUUACAACUGAAUCAUAUCAAUCAGCAACGUUCUAUCCUACUCUAGUUAAUACUCCAAUACAAGCUAGUGUCAAUGGCGUCCAUAAUACAAAUACUCCAACAAACCUACCUACAUUCGAUAUCCAAGCAGAAUUUACGGACAAAGUAAUUAGUUCAAAAAAUUCUACAUUUGGUGGUUCGACUACUGUAGCCGAUUUCAUCAAUAGAGCCGAUGUUUCUCCACCGCAUCCACUUCGAGUUGGGCAGGUAUCCAUCGGGCAAACAAAUAUACCCGAAAAUGUAUAUACUAUAUCAGCUAAGGAACAAAAUGUAAAUGAAACCAAUUACCCUCAGACCUCUAAUGCUACUGAGAAUGAACCACAAAAAAACAAUUCACCUAUAAAUCUUUCUUUAUCUAUUUCUACAAAAAAGCCUUAUGCAAAUACUGUUCAAAUACUUUCUCAAUCGGUGACCCCAAAUCCAAUUUCACCGGUCACAAAGCAAGUUGCAAAUGAAGUGGCAAUGUCCUUUACUUGCGCCAAUGGCAUAAGGGGUAGAUAUUCGGACAAGGAUGAUUGUAGAAAAUUUUACAUAUGUUUUGGUGUUAAUCAACCCGUUGUUGGUAACUGUCCCGAAAACACCGUAUUUAGUGACAUUAAUAAACUAUGUACUAAAAACUUGUCUCAUUGUAUAAGACAAGAUGAGUUCAAAUGCCCAUCGGCGGGCAGAUUCAGCGACUUUAUGAAAGACAAUGUUUAUUACAUUUGCGUCAAUCAUAAGGACCACUUGUAUAGAUUCAAAUUUCAAUGUCAAAAUGGCUUCAUUUUUAACAAGACAACAGUGAAGUGUAUAGAGUCAAAGGAGAUAGAGUCCAAUGAAUCAGCUUCGAUCUCUUCAAGCGAUAACAGUAUCGGUAGCACCAGUACUGCUAGUAUAAACAACAACAGUGUCAGCACUAGUAGAAUAAGCAAUAAUAGUAGUAGCGAUGAUAGUAGCAGUAAAACCGAUUCCGUUUCAAUUAAUAAAAAUACCAACGAGGAAGAAGAAACGCGGGAGAAAUCGGAAGGAAACGAAGAUGACGAGGAAGAAGAUGAAGUGUUUAAAUGUAAAAAGGAAGGUAAAUUCCCGAUUCGAAAUGAAUGCAGGCGAUUCUACUUAUGCAAGAAGAAACGGAGAUCAGAGUACCGGCGGAAGAUAAAGAAAUGCGGCUCGGGCCGAGUGUUCCACAAGGAUAAGAAAAAGUGCGUGGACGCCGACAGCUAUGAGUGCUAACACCCUAGAGUCCCUAGACUAGAUCUUGAAACAAUACUAUUGAUCUGUCA